AUGAUUCAUGGAGACUUGGACUCGUUACGCGAUGAUGUGCGUGACUACUACGAAGCACGGGGUGUUCCUGUGCUACGCGAUGGUGACCAAUACAGCACAGACUUUGGGAAAUGCAUGAAGAAAAUCUCGUCGCGUCUUACUUCCUCAAUGGUUCGGGAUGUGAUAGUCCUUGGUACCCUCGGUGGGAGGGUUGAUCAGGGCCUUGGGCUCCUGAACGAGAUGUACAGAGAAGAGAAUCGACAUGCCGACCUUCGCCUAUGGCUGUUCUCCGAGUGCAGCCUGAGCUUCAUACUUCGGAGUAGGGAGACUCUGCUGAGAGGGCUACAGGAAGAUGGUGUCUUUACUGAGAAUGUAGGGUUUCUUCCCAUAUACGGACCGGCGAUCAUCUCUACCGAAGGUCUGGAAUGGGAUGUCAAGGAGUGGCCUACGCAGAUGAACGGCGGUCAGCUCAGUACGAGCAACCACGUCAAAGCCAACGAUGUGAGGGUUGGAACGGACGUGCCGAUAUUGUUCACGAUAGAAAGAGCGCCUUUGUGA